AUGCUUAUUGAAGUCGCCAAUGACUGGGUGCGGUCGGGUUCGGAACUGAACUAUUUCAGCCUUCGUUCACACUCUCAAUCAGAAACCGCAUAUAACUCGGGCUUCAUCUUCGUCCUCAUCUUGUUGCAGGUUGCCUUGAAGAUGUCAUCCCGGAACAAUGAGUGCUCUGGCAGCACUCCUACUUCUCCUUGAUCAAGCAGCUGUCCGCACUUCCGUUGGCCCUCGAGCGAGACACUCAGUAGGGAUUCUUCCAUCAAGAAUUCGUUAGUUACAAGUA